AUGCGAGUCCGAGGCUUACAGACAGCCCUUCGGGCUGUGUCAGCAUUUGCUCAAAUCCACCAAGGAUACGCCGCUUCCAAUUUUCCUGUUCCGUGGAGCGUAAAGUACUACGGCCCAGAUGGACCGUGGCAAGCAGUCAGUGUCAGCGUCGGCGGAGUUAACAGUCAGGCUACAACUCAGGUCGACUUGUAUCCCAGCGGCGCAUACGGCUCGCCCAUAAUAACCUCCGAGGCGUGCGAACCCUACCCCGAUACUCCUUGCGGUGCAGGCGGUAUCUGGUCUCCGACCAACGUAGAAGCAACGGCUACGAGCUACCGGCAGGGCUGGAUUGGACAUGCGGACCAGAUCGAAGCCUAUGGCGCAUCGUAUAUCCAGGCCAUGACCAUCAACGGACAAACAGUGCCAUACGUCCCGCUGGUUGCCAUAGACAAUGCCACCAUUACAAGUCCAUCGGGAAAGAAAUAUGGUCCACAGUGCGGUAAUCUUGCACUGGGCAUCGGUGGCGGCGUCCAAACUCAAAACUUCCCGGACGCGUCAUCAGACGUCGAUACGGGAUUUAUGUUCUUACCGGGACUUUACAAUCAGAGCGUCAUCCCUUCCUAUGCCUACGGUCUACACUACGGCUCCGCAACUCUGAAGUACGGAGGGUCCCUCGUGUUCGGCGGCUACGACAAAGGCCGAGUGCUGGGUAAAUACACCAACUACACCGGUAGCGAGAUUUCUCUUCUCGAUAUCGGCAUCGGUGUCGAGAAAGGCGGGUCGCCCUUUGAAUCGGGCUUCAAGAGUAAAUCCGGCCUACUCCUCAACAGCACGGGUCACCAGACAUCCUUCACCGUCAACCCCAACCCGGGAAUCCCAGGCCUGUACCUCCCCGGCAAGACGUGCCAGGAAAUCGCCAAAUACCUACCACUCACCUUCGACACCUCCCUCCAGUACUACCUCUGGAACACAGACGACGAACGCUACGAAAAAAUAAUCACCUCCCCCUCCUACCUCAGCUUCACCUUCCCCUGGACCGGCGACUCCUCCUCCUCUUCCAACAUAACCAUCAAAGUCCCCUUCCUCCUCCUCAACCUCACCCUCGACGCCCCUCUCGUCUCAACCCCAACCCCUUACUUCCCCUGCAUCCCCAUCGACCCCACGGGCGGCGACGUGUACCGGCUGGGCCGCGCCUUCCUGCAAGCGGCCUUCACGGGCCACAACUUCAUCGAGACGCACAGCUGGCUGGCACAGGCCCCCGGCCCGGGAACUGCGCGCAACGGCCUCGGCGUCGACCGCGUCGACCUCGCCGCCCACGCCACGGCCAUCGAGACCAACGGCGAUCCGGACGGCGCCAAGUGGGCCGCCAGCUGGGAGGGCUACUGGGAGCCGCUGGCCGAGGACGGGUCGCAGACGGCGACGCCGACGGCGCUGAGCAACCCAGAGACUAGCGGUGAGGAUGGUGGUGAUGGGGGGUUGAGCACGGCGGCGAAGGUUGCGGUCGCGGUGGUUGGUGUGGUGGCGGCGGCGCUGGUCGCUGGCUUGUUAGUGUGGUGGCGGCGGAGGAAGGAGAAGAGGCGAGUGGAGGAGGUGCGUGAGGGGCACCGGUUGAGGAGCGAUAAGUGUCCGUUCGGCUGUCCUCACGGCAUGCACGCCUUCCAGUGUCCGUUCAGACCGCCGGCCCCGCCUGUGGAGCUGUGGACGCAACCGCCGAUGCUGCCCGGGACGGAGAUCAUGCAUGAGAUGCCCGGUAGUGGGCCUUUGUCACCCAGGGAGUUGGAUGCUUGGAGGAAGUCGAUGGCAUCGAGGCGGUCAGGAAUAUGA